AUUGUCGUAGAUAUCAAAAUACCAACACUUUUUCUAGAAUAUCUGUUGGUAAACUCAAACUCGCUGCUCUUCGAGCGUGCCGACACACGAUACCGCGGUAAAAUUAGGUGAAAUUACGACAGGUUGGCCAUGAAAUAACGAAUUCGAUUCUGAACAGAAACAAGUGAAUGAUACUUUCUUGGUUCAGGUGCUAUCCCGUCUUGACUAUGUGAGUCUAUUUAAUCUAACUGUUGUGCGGAUUGUGAAUCGAAAAUCACUCGCUUUAAGUGGAAAAAACGUACAUUCCUUUUCGGGUGACAGAAAAAAGAAAUGAUUCAAAACAACAACGACUGGGAAGCAGGACAGGGUGGUAACGCGAAUGAAAAAAGCGAAAAUGAAGAUAAAUAUAUAACAGAAGACUUUCAUGAGUUUGGAUAUCAACAUUUGAAGAAUGAAGGCUCUCCUACACUUACACAUGGAUUAGUAACGACAGUUCCACAAAACAUAGCAAAUUCGAAACUAGGGGACAAACACACGCCAACAAAAAACAGUCUGAGACAUAGCAGGAUGAUUGUUUUGAACAAAGCUCCAAGAGUUCCUAUUGAGUUUUUACCACCCAUCAUAACUUAUCACGACAGAGCCAAAACUACCAUGUGGAUUAUUCUAAUAAUUGGGAUAAUUAUGUCUUUUCAAUGUUCAAGCCAGCAGAUAUAUGCUCCCAAUUCAAGACCACAAUUGAAUCCUUUCUACACUGCAAUACCUAUUCUGUUUUCUGGAAUAUUUGGAUUCGUCCAUCUAACUUGCUGCAGGAAAGAGUAUCCUGGACUUCGCAGGAAUGCCUGUGAAAAAUCUAUCAAGAUUUUUAGCAUAACCACCAGCUUAGUGGCAUCCAUAACAUCAUGUCUAUACUUUUUCAACGGUUUGAUCCAUUUAGUGUCCUUUAUUUAUAUGAAAUGUGCCCCACCAGAUCUUUUGACGCAAACCUGCAUCUGCCGUUUAGAUGACAAUGAAAUGUUGAAUUCUAUUUUCAAUAAUAGUUGGAACUAUGUAGAUUUGAGUUGUUUUGAAGUGUUUCAUGUUUUCAAUGUUAUAAUUGGACUGACGAGUUUCACAUGUUUUAUAAUCAUUCUUUUGGAAUUUUAUUAUCUACAUUUGCAUUGGGGAAGCUCAAGACAAAAACCUUUGAGAAGUCAUAACUUCAUUUGAGACACUUACUCCUUUUGGUUGUUCUUAUGCAUGUUAUUAGAUUUCAUAAUUGAAUAAUGCAAAAAAUUACAUAAAAGUUAUAUUUUUUAUACAUCGAUAAGAUGAGGUAACAGUGGAUAUUAUAUAUGAAAUUUUUAUUCUAUUCUUGCACUUAAGAAUCCAUUCCGUCCAUUUGUAUAACCAACGACGGAGUUUCUACUUAGUCAAAUGGAAAACAACAUGUGAUUAAUUCUGCAGAAGGAUGUUUUAUAUUUUGUCAAUGUUUAUAUGGUCGAAGUGAUCGAAUAUUAUUGUGAUACCUUUGUACAGAACUCAUGAUUAAAAUAAAGCAGAAGCAA